AUGGUUAGAACCAGAGGUUUAGGUCGUGCCCUAGGUAGGGUUAUAGGCAGAGCCCUGGGGAGACAGGAUCAUGAUUCAGAUGGUGUCCCCAGCGGCGAAGGCCUACCGCAUUUGCACGUAGGCAACGGGAAGUAUGUUGCUGAGGAUGCUCCUGAGAUGACUGAGAACGUACCUGCACCUAGUGCAGAAGUUGCUGAUGGUGGUGAGGGAUCUCCUGCUGAUGAUGCUGAGGGAUUCCUAGGUGGGCCACGUGACCCAUCAGUGCUGACUGGGUUUGCUGACCAUGUUGCACUUAGCAUAUGCAAUGGAGAAGAACGCCCUGAAUUGAAGUUAGCCUCCCACGGAAGGAAAGUUGAGAAAUUUGGGAGGCCAGCCCCAGAAAUUGAAGGGCUACUCGUUGCCACAGGAUUAACUCCUUUGAUCGCGUGUUCAGUAGACACUGGCGAUCGGGGAGUUAUAUCCGCUUUUGUCGAGAGGUGGCACAAGGAGACUAGUAGUUUCCAUCUUCCAGUAGGAGAGCUGACCAUCACGCUGGAUGAUGUGGCAUCACUGCUUCAUCUUUCGAUCAUAGGCGCUUUCCAUAGCUUUGAGCCUCUACAUGUGGAUGAAGCGAUGAUUAUGUUGGUGGAGUUUCUAGAAGUCUCGGGUGAGGAAGCUAGAGAUAAGACUGCACAGUGUCAUGGGGCAUACGUACGCCUAUCGUGGCUACGAGAUAUUUAUCAGAGAAGAUGUGAGGCCCGACAUUGGACUGUUGCAGCUCGUGCGUAUCUCCUACACUUGCUUGGUUGCACUCUUUUUGCUAACAAGAGUGCAACACAUGUUCAUGUAGUAUAUUUAGACACUUUUCGAGACUUGGCUCAGAGUGGAAGCUAUGCAUGGGGAGCUGCCGCCCUAUGUUGGAUAUAUGAGUACUUUCCCAGUGUUCACGAGAGCGUGACUGAUGAGGAGUAUGAUGAGACGUCACCACGUGCCUGCUGGUGGCCUACUACGAAGGCUUAUUCGAAGGGAUUCCCAGCAUCGAUGUACCAGACACGUAUAGAUGCACUGACGUAUGCUGGAUGCCUCAUGGUGAGCACCAAGGAGUUAGGGCAUUUGACCUCAUUUCAUGCUUUCAUGGCAACUGAUCCGCCCAGACAUCCACCUUUCCCACAGCAUGACACAUAUGUGGAGCCAGAUAUCCCUGAGGUCCCAGUGGCACUAGAAGUUGGACCUUCACAUGCACCUUCUGAUGUGGAGCAGCCUAGACAUGCAGUGGAUGCGUGCCAAGUGAUCACAAAAAGGUUGGAGCGUGUGCUCAACCUAAGGAUGGUCACUGCAGGCACAAAGUUACAUGACAUCAUGGAAGACUGCCUCAGGAUUGCUAGGGGUGUCACCUCAGAUGGAAAUGUUUACGUUAGGGCGCGAUGA